GGGCGGCAGGAGGGAGCGGGUCGGGCCGGUGGGCUCCGGGACCGAGACCGAGCCUUCCACGUUAGCGGUGCCACGGCCCGGCGGGCCGGGAGUGGUGUGCCCAUGGCGCUCUUCACAAGAACCAGCAGCCAUCCUAAUACCACCGACCCCAUUCCCUGUGGGGCAGACAACACUACAGAGCCGGAUCUGCCACACUCACAUGCCUACUAUGCCCUCUGCUACUGCAUCUUGAUUUUGGCCAUCAUCUUUGGGAACGUGCUGGUCUGCUUAGCAGUGCUGAGGGAACGCACCUUGCAAACCACAACGAACUACCUUGUGGUGAGCCUGGCGGUGGCGGACUUGCUGUUGGCCACUUUGGUGAUGCCAUGGGUGGUGUACCUGGAGGUGACUGGAGGAGUCUGGACUUUAAGCCGCAUCUGUUGUGAUAUCUUCGUCACCAUGGAUGUCAUGAUGUGCACAGCCAGCAUUUUAAACCUCUGUGCUAUCAGCAUUGACAGAUACACCGCAGUGGUGAAACCAGUUCAGUACCAGUACAGCACUGGGCAGAGCUCCUGCAGGAGGGUCUCUCUCAUGAUCGUGAUAGUCUGGAUGCUGGCGUUCGCUGUGUCAUGCCCUCUCCUCUUCGGCUUCAAUACUACAGGGGAUCCCAGUGUCUGUUCCAUAUCCAACCCUAGUUUCAUCAUCUACUCCUCUUUGGUGUCCUUCUACCUCCCCUUCAUGGUGACCCUGCUGCUCUAUGUCCGGAUUUACCUCGUGCUAAGACAAAGGCAAAAGAAGCGAACCCUCACCCGGCAGGGCAGCCACAGCACCAGCACCAAACCGUGUUAUACACACAAAGAACACACGGAGAGAAACAGAUCUUUGCCAAACAGAUGCCAAGGAACCUUUUCCCCCUGUCUCCCACUCAAAUGCUCAGGCCAGGAGAUGUCUACCAAAAGGAAGUUGCUGACUGUCUUCGGCCUGCAGCGGUACCGCAGCUUCUGCCAUGAGGCAUCCCUCACCAAGACACCAGGGACUACACAACACAGCAGGCUGGAAGAGAGGAGAAAGAGUACGAAGCCAGGACUGGAGGUACGGAGGCUCAGUGAUGGAAAAACCAUCAGCUCUUUGAAGCUAGCACACCAGCAGCCCCGGCUGAUCCAGCUUCGGGAGAGGAAGGCUACACAGAUGCUGGCUAUUGUCCUGGGGGCAUUCAUAGUCUGCUGGCUGCCUUUCUUCUUGAUUCACAUCCUCAACACCCACUGCCCAUCCUGCCACGUACCCCCUGGGCUUUAUAGUGCCAGCACCUGGCUCGGCUACGUCAACAGCGCCCUCAACCCCAUCAUCUACACAACCUUCAACACCGACUUCCGCAAAGCCUUCCUCAAGAUCCUCUGCUGCUGACUGCGGGGCUGGCACGGGGCUGCACGGGCUGUGGUUUGCAGCAGCCUUCUGGGCUGGGGACAAGGAGUGAGGCCCUCAUCUCCCUCUGCUUCACAUGCUGCAGGGGGUGAGCGGUGGUGGUGGUAAGCAAGAUGUGGUCAUUGCCAACAGCCAGGCACCCUCUGCACCAGAGGGAAGAGCAAGAACCCACCCCACCUGCACGUCUGGCUUCCCACACCUCAGUGUUCCUGCUUAAGAGAGUACAAGUGCUCCUACAAGGAAAGGCUGAAAGAUCUGGGUCUGUUUAGCCUGGAGAAGAGAAGGCUGAGAGAGGAUCUCAUCAAUGCUUAUAAAUAUCUAAAGGGCGGGUGCCAAGAGGAUGUGCCCAGACUUUUUUCGGUGGUGCCCAGCAACAGGACAAGGGGCAAUGGGCACAAACUGGAACACAGGAAAUUCCAUCUCAACAUGAGGAAAAACUUUUCCUUGAGGGUGACAGAGCAC